AUGCAUCGACAGUUUCGCUCUCCUUUCCUCCAGCAAGGCGGCCUUCGACUACGCAGCCAGUAUGCAUCGCCGGCCGCCCAGUCUCUCCGGCAGGUUCACGUACGGGCUCUCUCGUAUUCCUCAAUACCGCGGUUCGUCGCGCGCGCGUUUCGCGUACCUAUAGCUGGUGCUACGGUCGGAGCUGGAGGGUUAACCUAUGCCAACUACAAGUUUGAACAGGUUCGCAAGAAGACGGACGAGUGGUUGACGACGGCGCAAGAGACCGCUACCGAUCUUCUGGAUACGGCCUCGGACGGCCUGAAUGCCGUCAAAUCUAGUCUUUCAAACGUCAAGCUCCCUGAACUUCCCCAUCUCGAGACGCCGCAGUUCUUGAAGGACCUCUUCUCGUCUGGGUCCGGCAACGGGGAGUCAGGGGAAGGUGGCAAUGGGGGAGGAGGAUCAAAUGGGUCAAAGCCUCCUCCGGAGGAUGCUGCUGCCAUCGCCGCACUCGUGGCUGCGACCAUGUCUUCACCUUCCGAUCCAAAGGCAGAAUCUUCGGAGAAUGGCCUCAAUUCUCAGCAGAACGAACUCAUGCAUCUCACGCGAAAGCUCAUAGAGAUUCGCAGUAUGCUCAUGAGCAUCGACCAGAGUGACUCGCUCAAGCUUCCGAGUAUUGUCGUUAUUGGUAGUCAGAGCUCGGGGAAGAGUUCCGUGUUGGAGGCAAUUGUUGGCCAUGAAUUCCUGCCCAAGGGAAACAAUAUGGUCACCCGGCGUCCCAUUGAACUCACCCUCGUCCAUACCCCUGCCAAAGACGGCAAGGUGCCCGAAGAAUACGGGGAAUUCCCCAGCCUUGGAAUUCGGAAGAUGACCGACUUCAACAACAUUCAGAAAACUCUAACGGAUCUCAACCUUGCCGUUCCCUCGUCUGAAGCUGUUUCCGACGACCCUAUCGACCUGCGCAUAUACAGCCCCUACGUCCCCGACCUCACCCUGAUUGAUCUCCCGGGCUAUGUACAGAUAGCAUCAUUGGAUCAGCCUGAAACGCUGAAGGAGAAGAUAUCGUCGUUGUGCGAGAAGUACAUUCGCGAGCCUAACAUCAUCCUGGCCGUCUGCGCCGCAGACGUCGACCUCGCCAACUCUCCGGCGUUGCGGGCGAGUAGAAAGGUCGACCCAUUGGGCCUCCGUACAAUCGGUGUGGUGACGAAAAUGGACCUCGUCCCUGCUGAGCAAGGCGCGAUGAUCCUUGCUGGCAACCGCUACCCUCUGCACCUUGGAUACGUUGGCGUAGUCUGCAAGCCCUCGGGCAAGAAAGGGAAGCGCGAAUCCACGGCCGAUGCUGCCCAACGCGGCGAAGACGACUACUUCGGCUCGAACCGCGCCUAUUUCGGCAGCUCCACCUCGACGAUGGUCGGUACGGACACCCUCCGCAGGCGCUUGAUGGAGGUGCUCGAGUCCUCGAUGGCGUCUUCCCUGCACAGUAUCACCAACGCGGUGCAGCUCGAGCUCGAGGAGGCGACAUACCAGUUCAAAGUGCAGUACAACGACCGACGGAUCACCGCCGAGUCGUACAUGGCGGAGACGAUCGACGCGCUCAAGGCGCGCUUCAAGGAGUACACGCAGCAGUUCCGACGCCCGGCCGUGCGUGCGAAGCUGAAGGCGAUGCUGGAGGACAAGGUGAUGGACGUGCUCGAGCAGCUGUACUGGCUCGACAAGCGCACGCCCGAGCUGAACGAAAUCGGUGCGAACUGGAAGGUCCAGCCGGAGGACGUCGAGCCGUACUGGCGACACAAGCUCGAGGCGGCAAGCUCGUUGCUCACCAAGUCGGGCGUCGGGCGUGACUCGACUCUGCUCGUCGCCGACGGCUUGCGCGCUUUGAUCGACUCGAUCGCGACAGGCGAGCCGUUCACGCACCACCCACGAACGGCGGAGCGCCUCAUCCAGCUUUCGCACACCAUCCUUCGCGAUCGGAUAGGGGUCACAUCCGAUCAGGUCGAGAACUGCAUCAAGCCGUACAAGUACGAGGUGGAAGUUGAUGAGAGGGAAUGGGAGCUGGGACGGGAGGAGGCGGCGCAGCUGUUCGAGAAGGAGAUGAGCCUCUGUGAAGAGAAGCUGAAGGAGAUCCGCAAGCGGAUAGGCGGCAGCAGGCGGCUGAACGGCGUCAUGAACUAUGCGAAGACGUUGGAGGAGCGGGAGAGGGAGAGGAAGCUGAAGAGGCUGACCGGUGCGGAUGACAGCGACGCUCAAGAGCCCGAGCAAAUCUCGGAAGAGUCGUAUCGGUAUCCCCCCGCCCAGAUUCUGGAUGGACGGCAUGCGUUGCUCUACACGGAUAGGCUGAACAUCUUGAAGUUGCGGCUGGCUGCGUUGAAGUCGAAGCGCUGCAAAGGCGGCCCUGAGAAUGACGUCCUUUGCCCGGAGGCGUUCCUUAAUGUUGUCGCUGACAAGCUCGCUUACACGAGUGCGAUGUUCAUCACUGUUGAGCUGCUUGACCACUUCUUCUACCAGUUCCCUCGAGAAAUCGACUCGCGGUUACUCUAUGACCUCGAUCGACGAGAGAUCGAUGAAUUUGCACGGGAGAAUCCCGUGGUUAGGCGACAUCUCGAUCUUCAGGAGCGUAAGGAUAAACUCGAAGAAGUUAUGAAGCAGUUGAACAGCCUGUCGACGUUGCGAACGGACGUUCAACCGCAGGCACGGCGGCAGCGAGGGCUCUUCGGGAGGAUGUUCUAA